CAUUUUUCACAUCGCUAGCAGCAGCCCAAUACGAAAUUACUUUUUUUCCAGCGGCUAAUUCAUGUGAAAAUACAAUUAAUUGUGUAGAAAUUAAGUUUAAUCACAAGGUCCAACUACACUACUCGAUUUAAGUGUGUGAAUAGCGGGCUUGGAGCUAAAUUCAACGCAGACCGGCGGCGAUAUUUUCACGCCCGACUAAAUCAAGUGUGGGCUUUUCUCCGCCCGUCCCCUUUGCCCUUUUUGAAGCGGGGUCACAACUUCAAAUGGUUUAAGAAGGAAAGCCACAAAGAUGAACUUCGAGUACAUUGGCCAUGCCCUGGGCUACCAUGGACAGCCGCUGCAGAAGAUCUGGGACGACGAGCGGGGCGUGGACGAUCUGCGGUUGAUGGGCCUCACCCAGGUGAACUAUGGGGUCUACCAGGAGCGCCAGAAGUUUUUCACCUUCCAGGAGCGGGCCAAGCGGCUCAAGAUGCACCAGUUUCUGGCGCGGAAGGCCACCGAUCUGUACGAUCGCACGCUGGCUGCGAAUGUUAUGGAGGAUUCGCUGUUGUCCCAAGGCAACUCCUAUAUGGCCCAAAUGCCGCCCUACGAGUUCUUUCUCAAUGUCAAGGACAAACGCAAGGGGUGGGCCCACCGCCUGGGUGCCCUAAAGCAGGGCGACAUCAUCUACACCCAGGUGACGAGGCUCCUCAAUGGCAACCGACUCAUGGUAAAGCCACUCUGCACUGCCGAACCCAAGCACACUUACCUGGCCGACAUGCCCAUUAAGGCCAUGAUCCUGCAGGACUACUGGGGUCCCCUGCCCCUGGACAAGUUGGGCAAUCCGCGUAGCUUUGCCCCCAACGAUAUUUUGCGCUGCGAGAUUAACAACAUAUCCGCGGAUACCGAGCGUCUCACUCUGAACAUGAUUGGCAUGUUCAACCAACCGCCGGAAUUGAAGUUUGGUCUCUGCGACCUCAACGAGUUGCCCAAGUAUUAUCGUAAAAUCCACAACCUAGAGCAUCCCUCUGCCACGCACUACGAGGACGAUUUAAACGCCGCCUUGGAGUUUGAAAAUCCCAACUACGAUUUGCUCUUCCAGAUGAACGGCCUGCAGCCCAACGAGAAUCUCUCGCUAAUGGGCCAUUUGAGGGCGGGAUUCCCGGAGGCGGAGAACGCCGCGGAGCUGCGCCAGAAGCAGGCCUCCCAGUGGGCCUUCCGCUCCGUGGCUGAUGGCAUCGAGCACUUUAAGAACGGCCAGCAGGUCGAGGCCUUUCAGUGCCUAAACAAGGCUCUGAACAUUGAUCCGCGCAAUGUUGAGGGUCUGGUGGCACGCGGUGCCCUCUACGCGAACCGCGGCAGCUUCCUAAAGGGGCUGCAGGACUUUGAAAAGGCCCUGCACCUGAACAAGUACCACGUGAACGCGCGCAAGUACAUGGGCGAAACGCUAGUGGCUCUGGGUCGUAGCUAUGAGGAGGAGAACCGCCUACCCGAGGCGGUCAAGGCCUACAGCGACUGCCUGAAUCUGCUGCCGCAGCACGAGGAGGCGCGCCAGUCCCUGGACGCACUGCAGCGGAGUGGAGACGGUAAGCAUAGAAUAAACAACGAGUUGAUCAACCUGACCGGUGGCGCCUCCUCGGACGAGUCGACCUCAUCGAGUGCCAGUGAAAGUGAAAACGAAGAACAGGCUGGAAAGGCCAAGACCAACAUCAGUCAGCCCUUCUAUGCACAGGGAUCGCUUCAACCGCCGGGGGCGGAGAAGUUGGCCGUCAUCGAUGCCCAAAAGGCCAACGAGUUCAGGCUGGACGACGACGAGACCAUGUCGAGUGUAAGGAAGCUUCUGCGCGAGGCUAGCAAGCACAAGAAGGCCAAGAAGAAGGGCAAGAAGAAAAAGGACAAGAAGGAGAGGAGGCGCUCGAGGACCAAGUCGGAGGAUCCCAUGGAGUUGCUCAAGAAGAUCGACUUCCAGGAGGCCUUCAGACAAGACAAGCUGAUGAGCAGCGCCAGCAAUGAGACGGAACUGAAGGCAAAGAUCCGGAGCUACCUAAAGGAAGGAGGAGACUCACCGCCUCCCCCACCGCCGAUGAAAAAGACAACAGCUGCUGCUGCGGCGCCAGCUAAAAGAUCCAACUUUGACACCAUGGGACCCAGUACAUCGCGACACGCUGCCGCUGUCAUUGGUUUCGGAGGCGACCAUCCGCCGCCGGCGCCCAAGUAUCAGGAGCAAAAGAAGCCACCGGAGCCGGCGCCCAAGCUCUCUUUUCAGAUCAAGAAGCGACCGCUGCAGAUGGACAAGCUGGGAAUGCUGCGCCUGGCGGCGCCAGCGGAACCGCUACGCAGGAGCAGCAGCUCGCGCAGCCGGAGUAGGAGUCGCUCGCGUAGCCGCUCGCAUUAUCGUCGACGCGGCAGGAGUUCGCAUUCGCGUUCGCGUCAGAGGAGCCGGCGUCGCGACUCGCGUUCCGACUCCAGAUCCAGGUCGAGAAGCAGGUCGAGAUCACGGCGCCGUCGCAGCUAUUCGCGUUCUCGCAGCCCUUCGCCACGACGCUAUGGCAAUCGCUUUGUGGUCGGCCGCUAUCGGAACCGCCGAGAACGCCGCUCGCGAUCCUUUCACCGCCGGAGGACUCCGUCGCCUUUUGUGCCAAGGCGCUCGCCCUCGCGUCGGACUCCUUCGCCCUUUGUGCCACGUCGCACGCCAUCGCCAUCGGACCGCUUUCGACGCUCGCGGAGCCGCUCCCGCAGUCGCUCGCGUUCUCGCAGCAUCAGUCCGUAUCGCCCGUCACGCUACCCGCCCAGGGGUAGGGGCCGUGGUCGCGGCAUCGUGAAUCGGGGAAGGUUCUCCUGGUACAAUCAUGAUACACGCAGCGUUUCGCGCGCCGUGGAGCCGCCAAACGGCAAGGAUGACAAGAUUACCACGGCAGCUCCGCCAGAGAAAGAUGCAGGUGCAGGUGAAAAACCAGUGACCAAUGCCGAACCCACCGUCGAGCAGGUGGAUGAAAUGAUCAAGGAGGCCCAGAAGGAGCGCAAGCAGAUCCUCAUCGAGGCCACCAAGGAGGUCAAGGACUAGAGUCCUCGAUGCUCGCACACGUACUACGAGUGUUAAGUUUCCUCUUAGCUGAUAACGAACAUUUCAUUUUGAUAUGCAAACUUGUAAAACGCUCCCUGGCGAAAAGUUCUCUGAUCACUAAAUAAAGAAGCUUACAAAGCUAGAUUCGGCAUGACUUGCGUGCAAAAAUCAA